GCUGCCUUUAUCUCUCUGUCCUGUGAGCGAGAUGUGCUCUUACAAAGCCAGCUGAGGACUAACCACAGCAGCUGCUACAUGAUGCUCGGCAGGGGGAAUUGAACUUUUUUCAGGAGUCGGUUUUAAGAUAAGGUUCAAACAGUUUUUUUCAGAUUUAACAAUGUUGCCCAGAAUUAUUUUAUGUGCACUUCUAUCCGUUUAUUGCUCUGGACUAGAAAUGAUAGCGUUAAGAAAAGUUGUUUCUCGACUUUAACUGCGUUUGAAGGACAUAACAAUGAAUAAUCAAUCGAUGACAGGGAGGACAAUGGUCCCGACCAUUCCUUCCAUAAUGUUUAUUUUCGGGGUGGUUGGAAAUGUCAUCGCCAUCGUAGUUCUUUGCAAAUCCCGCAAAGAACAGAAGGAAACCACGUUUUACACUCUGGUGUGUGGACUGGCAGUGACGGACCUGCUGGGCACACUGCUGGCCAGCCCGGUCACCAUCGCCACUUAUGUGAAAGGCUCGUGGCCUGGAGAGGACGCGUUGUGCCAAUACUUUGGAUUCACCUUGCUCUUUUUCUCCCUGUCGGGGCUCAGUAUCAUCUGUGCCAUGUCCGUGGAGAGAUACAUCGCUAUAAACCAUGCCUACUUCUACAAUGACUAUGUGGACCAAAAACUGGCGGGUUUGACUCUCUUGGCGAUCUACAUCUCCAAUGCGCUCUUCUGCGCCCUGCCGAUUGUCGGCUUUGGACAGGUGAAGAAACAAUACCCGCAGACUUGGUGUUUUUUAGAGUGGAGGAGCAACAAGACCAGCGAUGCAGCCUACUCCUACACGUACGCGGGCUUCAGUUCUAUUCUGAUCCUCGCCACUGUUAUCUGCAACGUGCUGGUGUGCGUGGCUCUGAUUCGGAUGCACCGGCGAUACGUGCGCAGGAUGUCGCUGGGAACCGAUCUGGGGCGCACCGUGGAGCCGCCGAGGAGAGGACGCAGCUUUGGACGUCUGGCCGGUGCAGAGAUUCAGAUGGUCAUUCUGCUUAUAGGCACUUCGGCAGUGGUGCUUAUCUGCUCCAUCCCUCUCGUUGCUCAGGUGUUUUUGAACCAGCUGUAUAAAACUCCAGUGGAGCUGCGUCUGGACAAAAACCCUGAUCUACGAGCGAUAAGAUUCGCCUCCUUUAAUCCCAUUCUUGACCCCUGGAUCUACAUCCUGCUCCGCAAGGCCGUUCUCCUCAAACUCAUUGAGAAAAUCAAGUGUUUAUUUUGCAAGAUAGGAGCACAGAGGCAACAGAGACAGGGAAACCUACACAUAGACGCCCAACAACUCUCCUUGGCCAUUUCUAACCAGGACUCAAAGUCGUUGGUUUCCCACGACCUGAGAGACUUCACCAGCAGCUCCCGGACCUUCCUCUAUCUGCCAGAGGGAAGUGAAGUGUACAAAGGAAGCUGCCAUAAAUCAGACACACCCUCUGGUUCACAACCUUCAUCAGUCAGAAACUCACAAGCAUCUUAUUUGUCUGAGCAGGGCAGCGUUGAGGCUCAGAGUAGAGAAGGGACACAUGUAAUCAGGGACCUUUCAGCUCUGCCAUGCCCAAAAGACACAGCACUUCAGGUGUCGUUGAACACACAGACAGUGGAGGAAAAAUGCAUCUGAUUUUACUUUGUAUAAGGGAAAAACUCUAAAUUCACUCUGAGUGAGACUGUCUACUCAAUGGCUUCUCCAAAAGUGAACUUUUAAAUCUCUGAAAAAUGAGGCACAUAAAGAAAAUAAAUGACUCUUGUGAUGCGGGGGACAUGAAGUGAGAAAGGAAGUUACACUUGAAGUGCGGUGAGCUUUAUUCUCCGGUUUUUCUCUGUUUCAGCAUCCAGCUACCUCAAGUGACCAUCUCUGACUGUAUGAGCGAUGUGUCGUUUUGCCUAAAAUGUCGUUCUAACAGAGAUUACCCACACCUCAUGACUCAAUAUUCAGUGAUGGAAUAUAUCUUUCAUAAUUUCAGCUAUAUUAAAACCUAUAACUGUGACAUUCAGUAAAUGGGUCCAGUUAAAUCAUUGAGUCACAGGCUUGUGGUUAAUAUGAUACAUUUAAACAGUAUUGAAUGUGAGUAAUCACUGGCAUGUGUGCUGCCAUUGUAAUUUAUAUAUUUAACCAACUCUAAUGUACACCGCUUUUUGAAGGACAUGAGUUAGUUCCAUGACUAAUAUACAGUGCAGUAUUAUUAUGUGGCAAACCCUUAGGGUUUUGUUCCUAAGCCCUGGAAUACACACAUAGUCAUCUAAAACUAGGAAAACCUUUUUUCCCAUCUUACAAUUAGGCUACAAUGAUUCACGUAACACUUAUCUCUCCCCAGAGCUACAGAAAAGGUGUUAACCUGUGGACAGAUGUUGCGUUAAUGUUGAGUUAAGCAGCAUCUGAUAUCAAACAUAUUUCAGCACACUUGAGAGAAAAUGUGUUGUAGAUGAUUGAUGUUGUGUAAAAUAUGGUUCGUAAUAACAUUAUUAUUCUCCAGGAGAAGGUUAUAGUUGAUAAAUCACACGCCUCAAGGGACUGUCCACACUAAGGAUGUGUUUGAUCAGAACACUUUUUCAUGAAUUUCUAUUUUCAGCACAAAUAUCCAGAAAAUCAGGGCUUUACAAAAAGUUUCAAACACUUAGCUACAAUCAUUUUCAUUGGCAGAUAUCUAUCUAUCUAACUUCACUCAAAUGUGGGGGUUAAAAAAAUCAGAAAAUUGUCCAUUUCUGUAAACAUCAUUUCUGUGAUUUCUCAUAAUGAUAGUCGAUUGGCUAUUUCUGCGGCUGUAUUACCACUAUACAUACAUAUAUAUAUAUAUACAUACAAUAGACUGAACCUUUGAACGUUUGAGCUUUUUCACUCAAAUGAGCUUUAUGUCUUAGUUUCAGCAUCUUUGAGGCAAACUCUGCCUCCUUUUCCCUGUUAUCAAAUCAGCUCCAGAUUGUUGCUUUAUGUAAUGGAUCAAAUACCUGCCUUUAGGAUAAGCCAAAUGAUAUUUGGCUUAAGUGGCUUGUUAAACAAGGUCUUUAAUUUAUUUUUAAAUGUUUAUAUUUAAAUUAUGCACUUUAUUUUAUAUCAUGUAUGUAUUGUGAUGUAGAAUUAAAUCUGUGGCCACACAUUUCAUGUCUGUAAACGUUAUGUGGUUUGUGCUAGAGUCUAGCGGUAAUAACUGAGAACUUUACGAAAGAAAAUGUGUACAUUUUAUAAUGAAGCUGUAAUGCCCUUGCUAUUGUUUCACAGCAAACAUGACCUGUGACAUGUCGCCAUAUGUUGUCAACAUAAAGCGG